CCUUCUGGUUCACUAAAACCUCACGCCAAGGUUUUGGCGCGUUUUAUUUUUCAAUCUUCUCUCUAAACAUUUGCGCAUUUGCGCCUUAGAGAUAGGGAGAGAGAUGGAGGCCUCCAUUAACGAGAUCGCAACUAGACUGAGAGAGACGAUGGGUCCAGACACGACCCUCGUCUCCCUGGCUACAGAAACCCUAAAGCACUUAUCUUCUCACCCUUCCUUCCCCCUCUCUCUCAUCUCAAUCAUCACCGGAGAUUGUACUUUCUAUUUGAAAAUAGCUGCUGCAACUUAUCUGAAGAACUUUCUCAAAGCCAAUGAAGAAGAUCCUUCUUUUUCAAAAGUCCGUCAACAAGUCAGAAAUUCCCUUGUGCAGGUCUUACUUCAAGUUGAACCAAGACUGCUCAGUGUCUUAGUUGAAGCGUAUCGUCUAAUUAUCACCAGAGACUUUGUCAAAGAUAAUUCCUGGCCUGAACUUGUACCUGAAUUGAGGUCUGCUAUUCAAACCAGCGAUCUUAUUGGGAGAGCUGCAAAUAUGCAGUGGAAGACCAUAAACAGCCUUACUGUUCUUCAAGCUACUAUUAAACCAUUCCAGUAUUUCAUGAACCCACAGCUUAAAAGGGAGCCCAUCCCUCAACAGUUGGAGCUCAUUGCAAAAGAAAUUCUUUCACCUCUGUAUGUGAUAUUUCACCAUUUCACAGAGCAGGUUCUAUUGUUUCAAGAUGAGGUGAAUCUGGAGGCCGAGAGAAUCCUGUACAUUCUUAGUAAAUGUAUUUACUUUGCUGUGAAAUCGCAUAUGCCAUCCGCUUUGGUUCCUCUUUUAGCUUCAUGGUGUGGCGACCUCCUUGGUCUCUUGGACUCCUUAAAUUUGCGUGGACCAACAUCAGAAGAUUGGUGGGUUGUAAGGAUGAAGAUUGGGAAGAGGUGUUUGCAGAUUGUUUGUGCUUUAGUCACACGGCACCGUAAGCAUGCUGACAAGUUAAUGCCAAGAAUUGUUGAAUCUGUUCUAAAACUGGUCAACCAGAGUCAUAUUAUUAGUGAGCUGGAUCACCUAGCAGAGCGGGUUAUGGCGAUGUCCUUUGAUGUCAUUUCACAUAUUCUUGAAACAGGCCCAGGAUGGAGAAUAGUUUCCCCCCAUUUCUCUUUUUUGCUGGAGUCUGCAAUUUUUCCUGCAAUGUUAAUUAGCGAGGCUGAUGUAUCUGAAUGGAACGACGACAUGGAUGAGUAUAUACGGAAGAACUUCCCUUCUGAUCUUGGUGAAAUUUCUGGAUGGAGAGAAGACUUAUUCACUGCAAGGAAAAGUGCCAUGAAUUUGCUAGGAGUUAUGUCAUUGUCAAAGGGUCCUUCAACGGUAGAUUCUUCUACAAGGUUAACUAAGCGCAAGAAGGGUAAGAAAUCUGGCAAAGAUAAAGAAAGGUCUUGCUCUGUGGGUGAAAUGUUGGUGAUUCCAUUUUUGUCCAAGUUUACUGUUCCCUCAGAUGUGGAUUUCAGAUCCUCUAGUGCAUCACAUGACUAUUAUGGGGUUUUAAUGGCAUAUGGCGGCCUCCAAGAUUUUCUGAAAGAGCGAGAUCCUGAGUACACAAAGACACUAGUCAAAAGUAGGGUACUACCACUUUAUGGGCUUGAAGGGUGUUCUCCAUUCUUGAUUGCUGCUGCAAAUUGGUUAAUUGGUGAGCUUGUGUCUUGUCUUCCCCCUGAAAUAAGCGCUGAUGUCUAUAAUGCAUUAUUGAAGGCUCUAAUCAUGCCCGACCUUGAGGAGUUGUCUUGUUACCCAGUCCGUGCUUCUGCUGCAGGAGCCAUUGCCCAAUUGCUAGAGAAUGAUUAUGAGCCCCCAGAAUGGUUUCCCCUUCUGCAAGUUAUUGUCAAUGGGAUUGGUGACAAAGAAGAAAAUGAGGCCUCGCUUUUGUUUCAACUUUUAAAAACUGUAGUAGAAGUAGGUGAUGAGAAGGUUGCUAUUUAUGUCCCAGCCAUUUUAUCAGCCAUAACAGGCGCCAUUUUAAAGCAUGUUCCCCGUGUUCCAGUUCCGUGGUCACAGGUGGUAGAGCUGGGAUUUGCGGCGCUAGCAGCACUAGCUCAUGUUUGGGACAGUGCGAUACCGGAUGAAAAGGACAGUAAGUUAUGCAAGGAGUGGAGGUCUGGCUGUUCAACCAUUGCAGGCAUGUUUUCAGCUCUGCUGCAGGAGGCUUGGUUGCUUGCUGUACAGGAACAUGCAGACUAUAGUAUUUCACCCCCAUCAUCAUGCAUGGAAGACAUAUCACUAUUACUUAAGUCCAUCCUGAAGUAUACUACAGAGGUGACCGCAGUUGUAGAGUUAAAAAUUUUUGAGCUCUUAGUGAUCUGGGCUGACCUGAUUGCUGAUUGGCAUGCAUGGGAAGACGAGGAGGACAUGUCCAUCUUUGAUGCCAUAAAAGAAGCUGUUCAUUUGCAUAUAAGAUGUGGAAUAAAUGGAUUCUUAAUUCGAGAGUUGCCGCCCCCACCUGCACCUCCUGUUUCCAAGCGUUCAAUAAUUGAAGGCUUUGGUAUGUUUAUUAGCGAGGCCAUGGAAGCAUACCCUGCUGCAACAUGGAGAGCUUGCUCCUGUGCACAUGUUUUGCUUCAUUUACCGAGGUUCUCAUUUGAAACGGAAGGAACUAAGCAGGCAUUAGCUAUUGCUUUUUGUAAAGCCGCUUUUUCACGUUUUCUUGACAUUCGAAGCAAGCCAGUGGCUUUGUGGAAGCCUCUUUUGCUGGUUGUGGCAUCUUGUUAUAUGUGCUGCCCUGAUUAUAUAGAGAAGGUUUUGGUGCAGGAUGAGAAUGAAGGUUUCACUGUGUGGAUGCAUGGAUUGGUGUGUAUUUCUGCUCGUUCUUUCGAGCCUGGUCUUUCAUCUGACUCCGAGAUAAAGUUGGCUGUAAUCACAUUGACAAAGUUAGUGAAACAUCUUGUGGGAUUGGCAUCUGGCUGGGCUCUAGAAGCUGCACGAGAGUGCUUCGAGUCUCUUCUGGAGGCAGCUAUUCAUCUGAAAGAACUCCAGGAUGAAGAUGAGGAUGAUGGUAUGGAAGAUGUUGAUGAAAAUGAAAGUGAUGAUGAGAUUGAGGAGGAUUCUGAAGAGGAUGAGCAUGAAGAAACAGAGGAAGAAUUUUUGGAGAGAUACGCACUGGCAGCUCGUGAGUUGGGGAGUGGAAUGAUCGAAGAAGAUGAGGGUGAUGUAGAUGAUGAGACCCAUGAAAUAGAAUUGGGUGAUUUGGGAGGAUUGGAUUACCAAAGAGAUGUCGUUUCCUUGAUAAAAGAACAUCAGCAUCGCCUUGCAUUUGGACGGCCAAUACGUUCUGAACUUAUUUCGAGUUUCACAGAAAGCUUCCCUGAAUGUGUUCAAUUCUUUACAGCCUUAUGUUGAGCAGUUGAAUGUGUUCAAUUCUUUACAGCCUUAUGCAGUCUUCACCGGCCUCUGGAUUUGUCGUUUGUGUUUUAUUUGAGUUUUAUUGUGUGUAUAGAUCCACAAUUCCACUUUCAUUUUGGAUUUUGAGGUGGGUCUUCAGAAAUGUUUUUGAAUGCUUCAAUUUAUUUGUUAAUUUAACGUUGGGGUUUGCAGA